UCUAUGACUUCAGGAAACGGUACACCGCCAACCUGAGCAAUGAUCUUAGUAUGGGCUGGUUUCGCAGCUUUCAUCCACGCGUUCAAGACGCUCUUCCUUUCCUUCAAGCUCAGGGUCACAUUCUCGCCUGUAGUCCCACCAACUGUUGAAAGAAAAUCCUUGAUACCUGAGAAUCCGAGGUUCAGAAAAUCAAGAAGUAUGCUCGAGUUCUCAGCGUCCAACUCUUUAGUGUCACAAUUUGGAAAAAAUGAGAGAAAAGUAUUGGUCAUUUACACUGGUGGCACUAUUGGAAUGAUGCCGAACAAGGAGGAUGGGUCUCUAGCCCCCAAACGGGGUGUAUUUGAGAUCACAAUUAAAAAAUACCCCCAGCUUCACGACCCUAACUUCAGCUCCAGUGAACAUAUUGAUCCACGAUUUCUCGUUUUGCCUAAAACUAAAGAUUCCCAAGUGAGGAUACUAUACAGAAUACUUGAAUACGAGAAUCUUUUGGAUUCUUCAAAUAUAACUGAAAAGGAAUGGGCACAAAUUGCCGAAGAUAUUAUGAAUAACUACGAAGUAUACGACGGGUUCGUGGUACUUCACGGAACUGAUACCUUAUCCUACACUGCAUCGGCUUUGUCGUUUAUGUUCGAGAAUUUGGGGAAGGCCAUUGUCUUGACUGGUUCUCAGAUACCAAUAUUCGAGCCGAGAAGCGAUGGCGCAGAUAAUUUUGUCUCCUCACUCCUCAUAGCCGGCAUCUGCAACAUACCCGAGGUGACCAUCUUCUUCGACAGCAGGCUCUUUAGAGGCAACAGGCAUCGUCAAAAAUUCAUUAUCAUGCUUGUCCCAACAGGGGUGGUACUAGAAAGCUAUGGAGCAGGCAACAUCCCGUCGAACCGACCGGACCUGAUCGAUGUAAUAAAGCAGGCAGUAAAGAGAGGAGUUAUCUUCGUCAAUAUUACCCAAUGCAAUACUGGAUCCGUCUCCCCUUUGUAUGAAUCUGGAAAGCAAUUGGAAGAAUUCGGAGUGGUAUCAGGCUUCGACAUGACACCAGAAGCAGCGUUGACGAAACUCUCCUAUGUCCUCUCGAAAACCGAACUCAGUUUCCAGGAGAAAAAAGAAAUGAUGGCCAAGAAUCUCAGAGGAGAAUUAACUAACUCGGGUUCGGUGCCCGAACAACUCGACGGUGAAACAUUCAUAGACAUACUGGCGAAGACCCUGGACGUUCAGCCAAAUAAAAUUCUAACUGAAAACGUUUUCUCUUCUCUUCUCCAAAGUGCUGUUGAAAACGAUGAUUGUGUCACUUUGAAGAAAUUAAUAGAUAUGGGAGCAGAUGUGAAUGCACAGAACUCGGAAGGCUACACCGCACUUCACGAGGCCGUCCUAAACGGCAAUGUGAAAAUGGUAGAGUUCUUGCUUAAGAACGGAGCGAAUGUGCAUUUGAAAACCAGGUUUGGCGAACCACCUCUCCUGACAGCAGUACGCAAGAAUGAUUUAAUUAUCGUCGAUCUAUUGAUACAAUGCGGCGCCCAUCUAGCUUCAGUUGAUGCUAUGGCGGUAGCUGAACUGACAUCAUUCGCAGCUAGAAGCAACUGCGUGAAGAAAUUACAUGCUUUGGCCUUGGCUGGUGCAGACUUCGAAACUGUUGAUGAGCUGAAGCAAACCCCUUUACACAAGGCUGUCCUUUGCAACUGCCCCGACGCGGUCAUUUACCUUGCAGAACGGUGCAACGCUCACGACAGUAAAGACAUUACCGGGUUAACACCUUUGGACUACGCGAAACAAUUGGAAAGGAACGAAAUGAUCGUAAUGCUGGAGAAGCACAAGUCCACCCAAACAUAUACGUUAGAAAGUACAUAAUAAUCAAUGUAUAGAUCUUUUGACUGUUUAAUUUAAUAUUAACAAAAAGCAAAUGGUAACAUCAUGUAUAUAAAGUGAUAAAUUAAAAAUGGGUACCUA